AUGAGCGCCGCAGUGGAGCCUCCGCAGCGGCCGCCAGCGGCGCCUGGGGCCGGCGCGGCUCCCGCAGCAGUUGGCCCCUCUGACGCCGGGGGUUCUGGAGGAGGGGCCCCCCCGCCUGAUUUGAUUUUCCCGCCUGCAGACAUGAGGGGCGUGAUCGAGAAGACGGCGCAGUUUGUGGCGAAAAACGGGGCGGAGUUUGAGUCGAGGGUGUUGCGCGAGCAGAGUGCAACUAAAUUUGGUUUUUUGCUGCCUAAUAAUCCUUAUCAUGCAUUUUAUAAGCUGAAGGUGCGGGAGUUCACGACGGGGGAGGCGGCCCCAACCCCGCAGGUGCCUCAAGCCAUCCGGGACAUGCAGCAGAAGCAGCAGCAGCAAAAGCAGAAGCAGCAACAGCUGCUGAUGCUGACGCAGAUAGGGGAGAGCGAGAAGGAGGGGGCGAAGCAGAAGCUGGAGCCUCCUCCACCGAAUCAGUUCGUGCUGCAGCACCCUUGGGUAGCCCCUGUUGACUUGGACAUAAUUCGUUGUUGUGCUCAGUUUGUGGCGCGGAACGGGCAGAAGUUCUUAGCGGGUUUGGCGCAGCGAGAGCAGCAGAACCCUCAGUUUGCUUUCUUGAAACCGUCUCAUCACUUGUUUUCGUAUUUUGCUUCCCUCGUAGACGCAUAUACAAAGUGCCUUUUGCCCCAGAAAGAAACUCUGGAGGCGCUGCGGGAAACCGCAAGUGACCGGCAGGCGCUGCUGGCGCGGGUCCGGCGGCGCAUGCAGUACGAGCGGCAGCAGUUAAAGCAGCGGCAGGAGAAAGAAAGCAAAUCGCAAGAGGAGCGUCGGCUGAUGAUGUCGUUGGAUUGGGAGUCCUUCCACAUUGUUGAGACCAUCGAAUUCACGGAAGAGGACGAACGGCUGCCGCUCGCAGCCCCCAUCGACUUCACCUCCGCCCCCAAAGAGCUGCCCAAGGCGCUCCUGGCAGAUGACCAAGGUGCAGCAGACGCAGCAGCAGACGCAGCAGCGGGAGACCAGACGGAUUCCAUCGCGAAGCUCAUUGAAGGCGCAGAUGCAGACGCAGAGGACGAGGCCAUGGAGACAGAAGAUGAGGAAGAUGCCACACAGCAACAACCUGAAUCAGACAAAAUGCCCCCCGAGGCCCAGGAUGGAGCAGCUGCGGAAGCUGCUGCUGCAGCGCAACAGCAAGACGCAGCGACGCCGCCUGCGACGCUGCGCGUGGUGAAGGGCUACGUGCGUACGAAGAAGCGGCAGGCAGCCGCGGGGGCCUCCAGCGGUUUCCAGCGCUGCCCCAUUACGGGCCAGUUAAUCCCUGCAGAGCAGAUGAGCCAACACCUCCGCAUUCUGUUGCUUGACCCCAAGUGGAAGGAGCAGAAGGAUCGGUUCCUGGAGAAGGCCCAGGCGGAGUCUGCAUUUGCCCCUUUGGAAGAUGUGGAGGGGUAUUUGGCGCAGUUUGUUGCUAAGAGGCCGGAUCUGUUUGGGUCUGUAGACGAUCAUGCGCGACUUGAGGCUGAGGCAGAAGUCGAUCCUUUGCGAGCAGAGGCGACGGUUGCUGGGACGCGGGAGGGGGGAGGCGGGGGUGCGGUACCCGAGGCGAAGAGGCAACGGGUGGAGGGGACCCCUUCGCCUGCAACGGCAACUGGAGGGGGGACGCCAUCGCUCCUGCUGCUGACAGUUGUCUGUCGGGAGGGAGAGGGCCUCGAGGCCCAGGAAGCACAGGUGGAAGUCGACCGGUCAUUGACUGGCGCGCAGUUGAAGCAGUCGCUGCUGGAUGCGGGCAUCGGUGCAGAGACCCUCAGGGCACGCGAUCUGCAGCUCUCCACCAGCCUCAAUGGCCCUGCAAUGCUAGACCAUCUCACCUUGGCGGAGGCGGGGAUCCGAUCCUCGGAGGGAGUUUUGUACCUGUCUGUCGCUUCCCGCUGA